UAUCUUCAUAGUCGUGCUCCCAAAUGAACAAAAUGAACGUUUGCUCCUGAAACUGAUUUGUCUUUCCAAACUCUAAUUUACAUCAAUGUCUGAAAGUGUUUAUGAUAAAACUUGUGUUGUUACUCAUCGUUAGCGAAUAUUUUAACAAUAAAAACUGGCGAAGUUAUACAUUAAAUCAAAUAUUUUCCAAGUACAUCAUGGCGGAAAUAUUAUUCAUACAAGACUCUGAUUUAGAAGACACACAAAAUGAAUCCAAUGAUUCUGGUUCAGGAGAACAGGGACCACAAAUUCAAAACGCCAAUCAGAUUUGUGAAGUUGAACCAGAGCAUGGUGAUGGUGAUGGACAAUACAGAGACCCAUUGGAAGUAUGGAUGGACUGGAAUAGACUCGGUCCUGUUCAAAGACUCGCAAAAUAUGCAGAAUGUGAAGAUUCACACACCAGGUUGAUGUCGGGCCGAGUGCUCCUGGAGGUGUUGCGUGGAGGUGGACUCACGUCCAAGGCGCAAGCUGGUGGUUCGAGCUGCUCCUACACAGACAAUACGGUUGAGGAAUUGGAAGAGAUCAUAAUACGGUUGCAAAAUGAUUCAGAAACAUGUGUUCGAAUGGAACUUGUGGAACAGAUUUCACAUGCAAUAUCUGCAUGUCGAGAGCAAAAUGGACUGCUGGCCAGUCUAGCAAAUGGUACAUUACUCAAUGUGAUAAUAGCACAUCUCAAGGACACAGAGGAUGUGGUUAGAAAAACAGCACAAGCCACUUUAUUAAGGUUAAUGGAGCAAGAUUUGAUUCCACAAAAUUUACUAGUUGAAAAAAUAUGCCCGGCGGUUUUAAGUCUUACCGAUCCAAAUGGUGGUACGGUGGUCAAGGAGUCUUUAACUUCUGCUAUUGGUAUAAUGGCAAAGAUGGCAGUUCUGUUAGGACGUGAAGCUACAACGAAAUUUAUAUUAUCAAGAUUCACAGAACUGUGUUCGGAGGAACCGUUUUGUGUUAGAAAAGCCUGUGCAUCAAGUUUUGGAGAUCUAUGUGCGAUAGUUGGUAGACAAUGCUUUGAAAGUACAUUGAUUCCCAGUUUUGUUAAACUAUGUUCAGAUGAUAUCUGGGGUGUUCGAAAAGCUUGUGCUGAUGUAUCAACAGUAGUUUCUUUUUUCUCUUCACCAAGCAUAAGGCAUGACAUUCUAAGUUGUUCAUAUGUGUCACUCUUGGAAGAUGACAGUCGCUGGGUUCGAAUGGCCGCAUUUCAAAAUCUUGGUCCAUUUAUUUCUACUUUUGCAAAUCCUAGGAUCACUACAGUUUCAUAUAAUGUACAUAGAGAAUUGAUAGUGACUAGUCUUGAUAUGUGUGACAGUGAUGAUGGAUGGAGGACACAUACACAAAAUACACAACUUAAAAUAUUGUUGGAGAAAUGCAUAAGAGAUGCAGAUGAUGCUGAUAUUUCUAAAAACAAUUCAUCAGUUUCACAAGCCGAAGGAAUAAAAGUUCAUAAUGAUGGUGACAGGAAAAAUAGCCUUUGUGAGGCUGAAGAAAAUAAGGGAAAAAUACCAAUUGUUGUAAUAGAAGGUGCUGAAAACUUUGACCAUUUGGAAGACUGUGAUAAAACUUCUAGAAAUGAAGAAAAUCAAUUAGUAGAAAAUAGUAAUUUUUAUGGUAAUAAUUUCUGGUUUAUACCUCCACCUGAAUUGGAUUCAUUAAGUUUAUUAAAUGAUUCCAGUAAUUCAUCAUUUGUUAAUAAUUCACAAAAUGAUGAUAGAGUAUUUUAUGAACUAAGUUCAACACAGAUUAGUAUUUGUGAAAGUGAAAAUAAGGAAACAGAUCUUGAUCAAGAAAUUGUGCCACAGGCUUUAGUAUUAUAUUUCACUUCGAUGGUGAAUCCGGCUUGCGGUUUACAAUUGGAUAAUGAAUCGUCUUACCAUUGUGCAUACAGUUUUCCUGCAGUUGCUUUAACUCUAGGUAGAAAACAUUGGCCUUUGUUGAAGGGAACAUACGAAAUUUUAGCUGGUGAUAUGCAAUGGAAAGUUCGCAAAACUGUUGCUAGUUCUUUACAUGUUAUAGCAGAAAUUUUAGGAGAAGAAAUAGCUAGUAAGGAUUUAUGUCCCAUUUUUGAAGCUUUCAUAAAGGAUUUAGAUGAAGUUCGAAUUGGAGUUCUCAAGCAUAUGGCUGAAUUUUUCAAAACCAUUACUCACAGUGAACGAUCUUCGUUUUUGCCGCGAUUGGGUGCUUUUAGGAAAACUGACAAUUGUUGCAAUUGGAGGUUCAGAGAAGAGUUGGCCAGGCAAUUAUUAGCUUGCGUAAAUGAUCAUGACCUUUUUACACCCUUACAAUGCUAUGAGUAUUUAGUUGAGUUAUCAGAAGAAUUACUGAAAGAUAAAGUAGCAAGUGUAAGAAAAAUAGCUGCAGAAUUAACAGUCGCAUUAGUAUCACGUUCAUCGGAAAAUGAACAGCAGCUAGAUGAAUCUUCUGAAAGUAAAGAAAAAGGACUUUCAUCAGCUAUGUUAUCUAGAUUGUUUGAAGAGUUUGCAAGCUCCAGUAUGUGGUCCAGGAGGCAAAUGUAUGCAUAUAUAUGCGGUCUUUUAUUGAAAGGCUCAAGUUUACCACCGGUGCAGUUUGAAAAUGAGUGUUUAAAGUCGCUUCUAGCUCUUUCUUGGGAUGCAGUACCAAAUGUUAGAUUAGCAUUAGCUAAAGUACUAGUUGAAGACGUGUCGAUAAACGAAUAUUUCUCUGGAGAUUUAUGCAAGACUUCAAAUGAAAUUCAAAUAGUUUUACAUCAACUGUGCAAUGAUGAUGAUAGUGAUGUUCGAAAUCAAGCUCGUUUGAGUUCACAUGAUGCACCUACCGAUCCAAGACUUGAAGAGGCUUUAGAUGCAACCUACGAAUGCACAAAUGAAACAAUUACUGCUGAGUUACCAAACAGCACAGAAGUUACUGCUACAAUAGAUUCAGAUAGUUCUAUUUCUGAUGAUACUGCACACAAUAACACCACCGAAAUGAAUAACUUAGAUGACAAUGUAGAAACGCAAGAUGAUGAUGAGAAAUCACAAGAGUUCAUUAAAGCACCUCAGUCGUCUGAACCUAUAUUUAAUGAUUUUAUAAAAAAGUUUUGCAAUGCAAUACACAUUACACCUGAAGAGCUUACUGUUAAUGAGUCUCAAGCACAAUAGCAUUUAUUUUAUUAUUUGUUAAGUUUUAUGUAAUAUUUAAUAUGUUUGCAAGUCAUUUUGUAUAAUAGUGACUAUAUUGUAAAGUAUUUAGAACCUAACUCAAUGAUGUACUGCCAGUUUUGAUAAACUUCAACAA